AUGGAUCCCGACAGGACUGGGGGCCAAGGAAUGAGGAGGACCAUGUUCCCCUGGUGGAUCUUACUGCUUUUCUCCCAAGGAUUUGUAUUACACGACGUCCGAGGGGAACUUCCGUUUAUAGCGGGGAACAAUGCCGCCAUGCUGGUGAACUGGAACGCUGUUGACGGAAACAAGAAGUUGUUCGCCAUCUAUGACACGAGCGUCAACGAGCCGGGCAACAUGUCCUUCGUGAAGGAGACGGUGGACAAACUCCUGAAGGGCUACGACAUCCGACUCAGGCCAGACUUUGGAGGGGCCCCUGUUGCAGUUGGGAUGAGCAUAGACGUGGCCAGCAUAGACAUGGUGUCAGAAGUCAACAUGGACUACACGUUGACCAUGUACUUCCAGCAGUACUGGAGGGACAAGCGUCUCGCCUACGUAGGAAUCCCUCUGAACUUGACCCUGGACAACCGAGUGGCCGACCAGCUCUGGGUCCCCGACACCUACUUCCUCAACGACAAGAAGUCCUUUGUCCACGGAGUCACGGUGAAGAACCGAAUGAUCCGGCUGCAUCCUGAUGGAACCGUUCUCUAUGGCCUCAGGAUAACGACCACGGCGGCGUGUAUGAUGGAUCUCAGGAGGUAUCCCCUGGACGAGCAGAACUGCACCCUGGAGAUAGAGAGCUAUGGCUACACCACGGACGACAUUGAGUUCUACUGGAAAGGAGGCGAGACGGCUGUGACGGGGGUGACGCGAAUCGAGCUGCCUCAGUUCUCCAUCGUCGACUACAAGCUGGUGUCCAGAAACGUUGUCUUUUCCACAGGUGCCUACCCUCGACUGUCUCUGAGCUUCAAGCUGAAGAGGAACAUUGGCUACUUCAUCCUGCAGACCUACAUGCCGUCCAUCCUGAUCACCAUCCUCUCCUGGGUCUCCUUCUGGAUAAACUAUGACGCGUCGGCGGCCCGAGUGGCUCUAGGCAUCACCACGGUGCUCACCAUGACCACCAUCAACACCCACUUGAGGGAGACGCUGCCCAAGAUCCCCUACGUCAAGGCCAUCGACAUGUACCUGAUGGGCUGCUUCGUCAUGGUCUUCCUCGCCCUGCUGGAGUACGCCUUCGUCAACUACAUCUUCUUCGGGCGGGGCCCUCAGAUGCAGAAGAAGCUGGCGGAGAAGGCGGAGAAGGCCAACAACGAGCGGGCGGCCAAGUACGACGCUGCGAGGGAGGCAGGUUGUAGGACUGCGUCCCUUAAACGCUCCAAUCAGGUUAAAGGUCUUCGCCACUCACGCUCGGCGGAGCCACACGGCCACGGGAACGUCCUGCUCACCACCCUGGAGAUCCACAACGAGGUGGGGUCCGGCGAGAUCACCACCAGCCUGGCGGACAUUAGGAACUCUCAGUCCAUGGUGCAGCUGGACAGCACGGCCUCCACGCACAUCCAGUACCGGAAGCCGAGCGGCGGCGGCAACGGGCCGCGCUCCGGUAGCCGCCCCUCUCUGGACCGGGCUGCGGCGAUGAAGCGCAGCCGCCUGCGCAGACGGUCCUCGCAGCUGAAAAUCAAAAUCCCCGACCUGACGGAUGUAAACGCCAUCGACCGCUGGUCACGGAUCAUCUUCCCCUCCGUCUUCUCACUGUUCAACCUCGUGUACUGGCUCUACUAUGUGUGAUUGGACCGUUUUGUUGAGGUGUUUGGUGUCGUUUGAUUUUUAUUUUCAUUUUGUUUGAGUUUCUUCCUUUUUCUGUUGCUUUUAUACACGAUGGAAUAUGUGUGGAGUUUGUAGAGUUAAAAGACUGAAGCAGCACAAGACAAAACAAAACAGAGACUGAGAGAGACGCCCGAGUUUUGGACCAAGUUCUCGUCGAAGUUGUUUUUAUAUUUGAAGUCAUUGAAUCCUUAGUAUGGAGGUGUUUUUAUUUUCUGAAGUAUGUACUGUAACUGGGACUUGUGACCAUUUCCCAAUACUCUCCCGCUCAGUAACGUGUAAAUAGACAGAUACAAAGCCAGCAAGUGAGUGAACGACACAGUGUUUGCAAAAAGAAAAGCCAAACGAACGAGGAACACAGUCGAUGCAAGGAGUUUUCUAAUCACAAAAAAAACUUUAUACAACACAGCAGGUCGGAUGAGUGGGAACAAUUUGUAAAACUUCAUUAGCCAAACUAACGUACGGACGUUUGACCGGUACCCUAUGCACUCUUAAUGCAUGCAACGAUCAGCCGUAGUGAAACAGUAAUGGCACAACUUUGACUCUGUCGAUGUGUAUAUGUUUAUAGCGUCGAUAAUAUAUAAUAUACUUGCUAUUGACUUUAUGGUUGAUCUGGGGAACCUUUACACAAACGCUCAUUUAAAGGGGAGGACGUCGCCGCCCUCUGUUCAGGACGACCUAGACUCAGGUUGGACGAUUUUUGCUAUUUGGCCUCUUGUCACUGAAAUAUCGUAUUUUUAUUUGCUUUUCGUAAUUUGAUACGUAGAUUUAAAGAAAGAGAAGAAGCACAAAUACGAGUUAAAACUGCCAUUUUUCACUUCUAACUUCUCGCAGCGACAGAAUUGCACUCAAAUUUCUCAAACUUCCUCAAACUUAGUUUUCAAACAACUGCCAAGGGCCUUUUGGGCGACACGGUUACUCAACCCAUGAAAUAUGAUAGUAUUUUUGUACUCUGCGUCUUCAGGUAUUCAUUUGACUUCUUGUUUUCUGUUGCUCGAUACUAACUCUGCUGCGACGACGGAGCGGAGGAAUGAAAACCCUUUGUUUUUGUACAUAAGUACAUAGGUGUGUAUAUACAUAUAAUGUGUGUGUAUUACCCUAAUUGAAAAGGAUCAAAUAUGAAGAGUUUAUGCUGACGAUGAACUGUCUGACUAUGUAGUGCAGAUACAGAAAAGAGGUGAGGACUAAACCAGGGGUCGGUUUUGUUUUUCGAGGAUCAGCGGGGCACUGAGUUUCUCCUCAAACGUUGAAGUUCCACUCUGGAAACUGUACGUAUGUUCAAUUCCGCAUCUGUAUCGUCCGCUCUGCCACUCGGCAGCAAGUCACGCGAAGGUAUUUCACUGAUUCAGCAGCCGGACCAGACGCUGACUUCCAACACACACACACACACACUAGCAUUGAAUGUAUCAGUUCCAUUCUUCAGGGAGAGGAUAAUGAGCCAUGGUCGUCAUUUCUCCAUCAGAAUGUAACACGCCCAUUCUUGCGUUGAGAGCGAUGUAGGAAUCGAGGGGGAAGGCCGGUGCUCUAUAUACACACGAGUGUGUGCAUGUGCAUGUAUGUGUGAGAGCUAAGGGGAAUGGACAGGGCGUGGGCAGACUGUUUGUUUCUAGGCCGCUUGCUGGACUAUGGACCAACGUUGGUGUAUAACAGCUUUGUGGAUUGAAGUGUCUCUGCUGUUACGACAACCUGUGCCAUUGCACCCGAGGCUGCAGAGCAAGCAACCAGUUCAUGGACGAUGAUUUAAAUCAGUCACAGAUCCAAGACACACUGUAAUUUGUGCACGUGCAAGAACACAGGAAGAGAAAAAAGUGGUUGUUGGUUCGUACAGGAGUCACUGACUGUCAGAGUUUGGACCAAUUUAACUUUGAAAAGAAAAGUUGUGAAGUGUUAUGUGUAAAGUCUGAUAUAUGACUAUGAGCUGAAUGUAAUGUACUUGGAUUGUUGCUGCAUCGCAAAUGCAAUUUACUUUGUGGAAACAGGAUUGACCUCAACCCUGAUUAAUAUAGGGCUCCAGUUGAUUCCACGGUCAAGUGACCCCGAGUGCGUCGCCGGCUCCUUGUCCCGUUUUCUACCGUGUAGAUUCGGGCAAAGUGCAAAAUCCACCUGGGUUCAACAAAAAAAGAAAGUUCUAAAUAAAUAAAUAAGAAACACCUUAUAUAACAAACAAAAACGAGGAAGCCCAUCGUUGAAGCACAUGUAAAUCUGUACUCUGUUUACAAAUCACAA